AUGUAUGAUGCAGGCCCCACGUCAGCCACGGGCAGAAUGGCUAAGGCUGCGGAAACUGGCUUUUGGGAGGGUCGCGUUGCGAUAGAGGACCUAUCUUGCGGUGUGCUAUUCUGCCAGCUCAUAGUAGAUCGUUUAGUUGGUCUUUGA